UUAGAGUAAGUUGCCAGCUAAAUUUUAAUCAAAUAUUUGUUAACAAAAAUUAAAGUGCUAUAGCGUGAUAUAUAUUUAGUAAACAAUGUUCCGCAGUCAUUACGAUAGCGAUGUAACAGUAUGGAGUCCCCAAGGACGCCUGCAUCAAGUGGAGUACGCAAUGGAAGCGGUUAACCUAGGCACAGCUACAGUCGCGCUCAAAACUGAAGACUUUGCCGUGCUGGUGGCACUGUGCAAGCCCAGCUCCGAGUUGGGCAUAUCACUGCCAAAGAUUAUAUCCAUAGACAGUCAUGUGGGCAUAUCUAUAGCAGGCAUAACAGCCGAUGCGCGCCUGCUGAGUCGGUACCUACGGACCGAAUGCUUGAGCUAUAAGCAUAGCUACAGCACGAUUUAUCCGGUACAACGUCUGGUCACUAAUUUGGGCAAUAAGCUGCAGAUAACCACGCAGCGCUACGAUCGACGUCCCUAUGGCGUGGGAAUGCUGCUGGCGGGCUAUGAUGAGAAGGGCGCGCAUAUAUAUCAAGUGAUGCCCAGCGCGAAUGUGCUCAACUGCAAGGCCAUGGCCAUUGGAGCGCGCUCCCAAGGCUCGCGCACUUACUUGGAGCGCAAUCUGUCAGAGUUCAAAACUAGCUCCAUGCAUGAUAUCAUAGUGCAUGGCAUUCAAGCAGUCAGCAGAGCGUGUCCGUUGGAUGAAGAGCUGAAGAUAGCUGUAGGCAUUGUGGGCAAGGAUCAGCCUUUUAAGCUGCUUUCAAGUGUGGAAUGCGAUGCUUAUCUGGAGUUGGCCAAGACCAGCGAGCGGCACGAGACGCCGCCAGAGACACCAGCGGAAACAGUGGAGCCCAGCGCUGUGCCCUCCGACAUAGAUCCAACUUCAACGGGCUUUAGUGAGGAAAUUUAAGAUCAAACAACAAUGUGACUUAAACCAACUUUAGCUGCCCAUAAUGCGCCAAUAAAAAUCGCUGCGUGCUCUGGUAUAAAAACGCA